AUGGAGCUCGAGGGCUGCAGCAGCAGCAGGUCGGCUAACGCGGGCGCGCCGUACGCAGCCUGCAGCAGCAGCAGCAGCAGCAGCAGCAGCAACCGCAGCAGCAGCAGCAGCAGCUACUACAGCAGCAUCACCAGCAGCAGUGAAUACAGGGAAAACAGCAGAAGCCGCAACUACGGCAGCAAUUGCAGCAGCAGAAACUGCUCUAGCAGUUUCGGGUGCAGCAGCAACAGCAGCAGCAGCAACUGCAACAGCAGCAGCAGCAAUGGCAGCUGCAGAACCAGCAGCAUCCAGUGCAGCAGCAGCAGCUGCAAGCGCAGCAGCAGCAGAAGCAGCAGCAGCAAAUGCAGUUGGAGAUGCAGCAGAGCCUCUGGACUGAGCGUUUGCUGCUCUUUGAUUUUUUUUCUUUUGGCGGUCCCUGCUGCUGCUGAGUCUCCAGGUCUGCUGCACCCGGCGUGGGCAGCAUGCACGGCUCUUGCUGCUCCGGGGCAGUCUGUGGCUGCUUCUCUCCAGUCCUUUGCUGCUGCAGCCCUCCAGCAGCAGCAGCAGCAGCAGCAGCAGCAGCAGCAGCAGCAGCAGCAGCAGCAAAUAGAGCUGUGCCUGGGGCUGUCUUGGGUUGCUGCAUGCGCCAAAGACGCCGUUGGCUCCUUCGCAGACUUGGGGCUGGAGGCCCAACUUCGAAUGUUCCAGCUCUGCGACCCCGAAGGGGAGCUGCCGCUGAAGGAGCCAAUUCGCUGCGUGCGGCUGCUGGCGGGUUUUGGAUUUAAUGAACCUGGAAACCCUCACCACGACAUUUGCAGGGUUUGCAUGCAGCUGUUUUGCCUGCGGCUGGUGUUUGGCCGCGCCCGCUCGCGGCUGCUGGGGCGUUUAAUGUCGGUGAAGAUUCCUUCGUCUCUGAGGCCGUUGCUAACCACCCUUUUUCUGCGGCUGCAGCCAAGUGCAGCAGCAGACAGCCGCUACCCCCUCGAAGCUUACGAGUCGUUUGGGCAGCUCUUUUGCCGCACUUUGAGAGACAGGGCUCGCGAGGUGAUGGACCUUUCCCCCCUGGCGAUGGUGCGCUAG